CGCGAGAGACAGACUGGGACAGGAGGCAGAGAAAUAUUCAUAUUCUUAUAACAACAACAGAGCAAUAUAUAGUCGCCAAAAACAGAUGUAAACGCUGCCAUAUGAUUCAUCAACACGCUCGCCCUUAACUGAUGUAGGUUAAAGCGUAAGAUAAGGCAGAGAGAAAGGAAUGAGAAGUGAUAUUGAAGGCAACAACAUUGGCUUAUUGGCUAUAGAGCUAGCUAUGUAGCUGCCUGGCUAGUUAGCUAUUUACAAGACAGGUAAUUUACGAAUAGUAGCUUAGUUAGCUGGCUAGCAAGAUACAUUAGCUACUUUCCGAGGCAGUUUUGUUAUUUUGCAGAUUCGCAAUCCUGUGCAAAUGCCAUCUAUUUCUACCAAGCAAACCCACAAAACAAGAAAGGCACCGGUCUCGAGUUACAUACGGAGCCGAAAAUGGCCAUGGAUCCGUUCCUCUGGUUGCUUCUAGGGCCUUGAAAAAACAAGACCACCAGAGGCAAAUAAAACAUCUCGUUUGCUACGUUUCUCGCUCAACACUAGUUGUCCAUCAUCCUUCUGAUGUUUUCAUAAGACACUCAGCUUGCAGAUGCCUAUAUGUAAGUUAGCACAUAUUGCUUGAGGAACAGAGCGUGCUUCCUCCUCAGCCCAUCAGAUUUUGACAGUCGCUUGAUCCUUGAUCAGAAGGCUUCAGUGAUUAGUCUCCAAAUCACCACAAAUCAGUCGCUCAUUUAGUCAGUUAUGAACGGCUCCCUCUUAACUCCGCCCAGCCCACGGGCUGCGGCAAGCUCCUCCCCUCUUCCCCCAUCUCCGUCUCCCUCACCGUCCCCUCCAUCUCCCUCCCUGCUGCCUCUUUCUCCACGUCCACCUCCUUUACCACCUCCGGUUCCUGCUGGCCAGCCGCUGUCUUCUCUCUCAGACACACCAACACCCUCACCUUCUCCCUGCCUUAGCUGGACCGAGUUCUGUGAGCUCCAUGCCCGAGUAGCAGCUGGUGACUUCGCCCGUCAUUUCCGGGCCUUUCUGCUGGAGAACCCACAUUACUCUCCAGAUUCUGCAGCUGCUUUCUGCCGCCGCUUCACAGACCGUUUUGUUCGACAUUUCGAAAGCGAACUGGAGGGAAGCGGUGCAGGAAGGGAGGGGACAGGGAGUUGGGUGGCCCAAUCAGAUGCUACAUCGCUGGAUGAAGAGGCGACAUCUCCACCCCUUCUGCCACCCGAGGCCACCGUCCCCUUACCACCUGCUCAUGUUCGGGCUCCGCCAAAGCCCCUGUCGACUCGGCCAGGUUUGGACAGCCGAAGUGGGGAGAGGUUUCAGAAUCCUGUGACUUUUCAGGACUCCUACGCUCACACACAAAUUCUUCCCCCUUCUUCUUCAUCAUCUUGCUCCUCCUCUAUGGGUGGCAACAAUGGGAGGAGGGAGGACAGAAUGACGGUUAAGCUGUGUCCUGGGAACUUGCCUGGCAAUGGAGAUAUGGAAGAGGAGGAGGACAGCUGGGCGGGACCCUUGACUGGGGAGGAGUCAGACGAGCAAGCAGGGAAGGAUGGAGAGGCAGAGGGCGGGACUCUAACUGACAGAGCUGAUGGCAGCCAGACACCAAUAAGCCCUGCCUCUGGUAUGCAGUUGAACUCUGGCUCUAAAGGCAAUGGCACGCCAGGAGGUCACUCCAAAAACAAACUGAAGAAGCGCUUCUCUCUGCGCAGUGUGGGUCGGAGUGUUAGGGGGAGUGUACGGGGCAUCCUGCACUGGCGCAGCUCCUCCAGCGACUCCCCCCAGAACUGUGGACCCUCAAACUCAGCACCACUGCCCUCCAGCUACAGCUACACUACAGGCCUGCAGGAUGGCAAGAGGACCUCAGGCUCCCAGGCAGUCCCAGCCUCUCUCCCUGUCUCUCUUUCUCUCCCUCUCUCCCUCCCUCACUCUUCCUCGUCCUCACUGCCCCCCUCUUCAUCUAGUAGUGCCACCUCCCUCUCGCUCUCUGAAGCCCGUGACCGGAGGAGGAGUAAUGGAGAAGGUGAAAAGGAGAAGUGGAGUCACCGACUGGAGAAGCUGCGACUGUCUCGCUCUCCUCCGCCCACCAUGGGACCUUCUUCUUCCCUCUUGCCCUCUACCCUGCCUCCCAGCAGUGCAGCAGCCCCCAGAAAGACAGGCAGGCUUGUCAGAGAAGGAGGCGUAACCGUCUUCUCGUCCUCAGACGAGUUUGCUGGCUCUCAUGGUUUUCCAGGCUUUUCCUUUGGACUGCUCCACCACAAUACGGACAACAACUCAACCUCUGGUUUAGGGCAGACUGGUGGAGUGCAGCCUCUGGCCGCAGGGGGGGCUAUAGGUGGACGAGGCACACGCUGGCACAAGUGUCGGCUGGUUCUAAAAGAAAGAGAUAAGGAGGGAGGGGAGAGAGGAGAGGAAUACUUCCUGGAGUUUUACAUCCCCCCCAAGUCCUCCAAGCCCAGACUGACUAUACCAUGCUGCUCCAUUGUUGAUGUUAGGAGCACCACAGCUCUUGAGGUGCCAGACAAGGAGAACACUUUCCUUUUGCAGCUGGAAGGACAGGUGCAGUAUGUAAUCGAGACCAGAGAUGCUGUUCAAAUGAGAGCUUGGCUGAGUGACAUUAGGAAUGGUAUCUGCCUGAGUGAGCAAGAGGACAUUGAGGGAGUGUGUGGUGCGCAGACGGACUUCAGUGGCACGCCAGAAUUCAGUGACCGCCUGUCUCAAGUGUGUUAUGGUGGGGUGGGUGGUUCUCCACUACUGGAGCCUCUGCCUCCUGAGUUGCCACCCCGCGCCCCUCUCGAUGAAUCUGACAGUCGACUGCUGGGUGGAGGCGGAGCUAGUCUUGGCACACCCUUUGCAGAGACCCCUGAUGCCACAGGGUCUUUUCUUUUCUCAGAGGGCUCUGUGGCAGAGCCAGUGGAGCACCCAUUAAGUGAAUGUCAGUGGUUUCAUGGUACACUCUCACGGCUAAAGGCUGCCCAGCUGGUACUGGCUGGCGGAAUGGCAAGCCAUGGGGUCUUCCUGGUGCGGCAGAGUGAGACACGGCGCGGGGAGUACGUCCUCACUUUCAACUUCCAGGGCAAAGCUAAGCACUUACGGCUCUCACUGAAUGAGGAUGGCCAGUGUCGCGUACAGCAUCUCUGGUUCCAGUCCAUCUUUGACAUGCUGGAGCACUUCCGGGUGCACCCUAUCCCCCUGGAGUCUGGGGGAGCCUCUGACGUCACCCUCAUCAGCUUUGUUGGGGCCACAGCUGUCCGGCAGCCAGACUUGAGCAGCAGACCCCGUAGCCCCCCACAGCCCCCUCCUCCCCCUCUCCCUCCUGGACGCCCACCACCCCCCUCGCCCCCCCAGGAGCGGGGCAGUGACCUGGAGGCCGCGGGAGGAGGAGGUGGUGCAGCAGGCAGUGGGACGGACGAAUGCGAGGAGCGAGAGAGGGACGUGCCCCUCCGCCAGCUGGAAGGAGCGGAGGGUGAGGAGAGAGAGGGAGGCCGGGCGAGAGCCAUUGACAACCAGUACUCCUUCUUCUGAAAGUGGAGCAGGAGAGCCAGUCACAAUCAGUAUUUUUCACUUCAUAGGAAGAAGAACUUAAGGGGGUGGGUGAGAAACAGAGUUAAUAACACUAUUAAAAAACAAAAAAAGCUUUCAAAGAAUGAGA